AUGUCGAACUCGAAGCUCUUUCAACCAAUUACUGUGGGAAACGCGAAACUUGAGCAUAGAGUUGUGCUUGCACCGCUCUCUCGCUUCCGUUGGACCCAGCGAGAACAUUUACCUGUCUUCCCCAUCGUCAAUACAUACUAUGAGCAGCGUUCCCGCCGACCUGGUACCCUCUUGAUUACGGAGGCAACACCUGUUGCACGUCACGCUGGAGGUUAUUAUAACGUCCCUGGGAUAUGGAACCAGGAUCAGAUCAACGGUUGGAAAUUGAUAACCGACACAGUCCACAAAAACGGAUCGUUUAUUUUUAUGCAAAUAUGGGCUCAUGGACGCGCGGCGGACCCCAAGGUGUUGGCGGAAGAUGGUUUUGACUUCGUAGCGCCCUCUCCCAUUCCCAUCACCGGACGCGCUACUCCAAGAGAGCUGACCAUACAAGAGAUAGAGGAAUACCCGGGACUCUUUGCGAAAGCUGCGAAGAAUGCCGUUGAGGCUGGCUUUGAUGGCGUAGAGAUUCACAACGCCAACGGGUACCUUCUCGACCAAUUUGUCCAGGACGUCAGUAAUCAUCGUACGGACAAGUAUGGAGGAAAUAUAGAAAAUAGAAACAAACUUUCUCUUAUGGUUGUCGACGCUGUUGUUGAUGCUAUUGGUCCUGAAAAGGUUGGAAUUCGCAUAAGCCCUUGGAUGGUUUACCAAAACAUGCAUAUGAUAGAUCCGGUGCCCCAAUUCACGCAUCUCGUUGAAUCUAUCGUCAAUAAACAUCCGGAUAUGGCUUACCUCCAUGUUGUGGAACCAGACAAAGGGGCACCUGAGACGGAAUCCAAUGACUUUCUACGCGAUAUUUGGGCUCCACGACCAUUUAUAAGCUGUGGAGACUAUACCCGCGAGACUGCUAUCAAACGUGCAGACGAGACAGGAAAUUUGAUUGCCUUUGGAAGGUACUUUAUCUCAAAUCCCGAUCUUCCCACUAGGAUUGAACAUAACAUACCUUUUAACGAAUAUGAUCGUAAGACCUUUUAUGGACCGAAAGGACACCUCCUCGGAGCGGAAGCGGGAUACAUAGAUUACCCAUUCGCAGACGAGAAGCAUGAGAAAAAGAGGGGAAAUAAUACGGGAGAAGAUUGGGAUGUCAUUUAUAGAGCGUAA